AUGAAUUGGGUGAGAGAAGGAAGAGGAUGGACACAUUUCACACUUGCAAUUGAGAGCUUGCUCAGAGCACUCGGAUCAAAUCGUGGGAUGGAUUCGAUACGAUCACCCAUUUUCCAACUGUUGGCAACAUUCUGCUUUGUGAACGGUGCUCCAAUUCUACCCAACGUUCAAACUGGAUAUGUACCCAUAUUUGGAAAUCGAGUAACCCUGGAACCCAUCACCUUCACCUUCACAACUCCGCCUCCGAAAUCACAUAACGGGCUGAGAAACUUCCCCACGUUGAGACCAUUCUCCUCGUCUGAAUUUUUGAAUGCUCUCCCAGGACCGCCGAUUCAGAACAAUUAUCCACAGAAUAAUCAUAUCCAAGAAUUCACGUAUGAAGUACAGAUGCCAACUCAUCCCAGACCAUUCGUAGCGGCCACCCCAGUGUAUAGUCAAGCACAUAUUUAUAAAUCAAUGCAAGCAUCUCUUCAACAAGAUGUCUACGCCACGUACCGCACCAUGUGGAAGCAAAUGAUGGAUACUUGGUUGAGGCUACGGAGUCACCUGAUGUCAGAGGGAGUCGAGGCAGACUGGCACGUCUUCUGGCAGAAAUUCACUGGAACCGUUGAACCAUACAUGACAACAAUUAGCAAUCAAGUUGGCAAGUUUCUCAAUGUCUUCUUGAAACAUCAACACGAGAAAGAAGUGAAAGAAUCGACAUGGGGGUGA